AUGCUCGCAAAGUCGCUCGGUGCCCUCGUGGGCCUCGCCGCCAUGGCCAACGGCGCCGCCGCCGCCGCCUCGGCCGACAGCGCCAACCCGCCCAAGUUCUCCUACGGCAACCCCUCGCCCAACUACCCGGGCGUCCAGAGCACCGCCAAAAACGGACCCACCAACCCAAAGGCGCCCCAGCUCAACACCCCCAUCAACCAGCAGUCCGACGCACGCCUCGUCUCGAUCAACAGCGUCACCGACUGGUGCACCUUUGGCCCACCCGGAAACGACCAGCCCAUCGGAAACGUCGAGGGCGAGACCGUGGCCUACUGCACCCAGCCCAGGAACAACGCCCGUGUCAUUCCCGACGGCACCAUCACGGGCGCCCACUUUGUCAAGACGCCCCUCUACGUCCAGAUCAUGGCCAGCGGCGACUUUACCAAGAUUGGCCUCGUCGCCGGCGACGAGGGCGGCGAGCUGGACCCGCACGGCGCCACCGAGAUGGGCAACCCCGUCGGCGGCAACGUCACCUCCAACGUCUCGGGCAAGGACGUCUUUUACGAGGAGUGGAUGAACUACAUCUCGUACAACCAGGUGUGCUUCCGCAUCUGCAUCGCCGGCAGCGACCAGGCGCCCACGUCGCUCGAGUGCCAGCACACGCUCGACGAGAUGGGCUGCAACUGGGUCAUGCCGGGCAACUACCAGGACAACAUGUUUGAGACGUGCGACGGCGACGCCGCCUACCCGCCGGGCAUCUACCCGCAGGGCGACGGCUCCACGUCGACCUUCCAGCAGUUCUUUACCGGACAGUACGUCGUCGACGGCAAGACGAUGGCCUUUACCAACGGCGCCGCCGACCAGGUCACGCCCACCGCCGCCUACUCGACGCCCGCCACGAGCAACUGCGUCACCACCGACACGAUCAAGAACGGCAUCGCCAGCCUCGUCAAGAGCUCGUCGUCGUCGACGGCCAAGGCCGCCGGCGCCACGGGCGCAGGCAUGUCGACGUCCAAGAAGGCCGCCGCCGCCUCGGCCACCGGCUCCGGCUCCAGCGGCAGCUCGACCGGCAGCAGCUCGGGCGCCCUCUCGAGCCACCAGCUCCUCGGCCCGGCGCUCCUCUUCGUCGCCGGCCUCUUUGCCGCCGUCGCCGUCCUCUGA